CCACUCGACCAUUCGGAAUGACCAGGAUUGGUAUCGUCCUGGCUUCCAACUGAAUGGCAAACUCAUGACGCAUACGACGAAUGACGCUACGAAGGUAGAUUCAGACAUAUGGCUCCACAGCCUACGCCGCCACACCCCAUACCAUUACAUCUUCACCAUCACGCAUCAACAGAGUCUUCCCAGAUGCGAUGCUAUACUGUUGCUUAUUUAUGUUUCUGGCUUUUAAGCCUUGAAUGUCCCGAUUUCUGUCCAAUCCUCUUCACUUGGAUAUUUCCCUCAUGGCAAAAUGUGCAUAUGGUGGUCGUUUCGAGAGCAAAUUGUGAUUCUUCAGAGUUGACCUACCGACCUGGAUUUCACAUUUCCAUCAGAAUGGAGUUUUUUUUUCGUUGUUUCUUACUUUCUUCGAUUCUUGCUUUUCCAUCUUCAUGCCUUUCACUAAAGCUUCAAACAAGUUGUAAAACCUGCCCUACCAUCUGUCUAGUCGGUUUGGAAUACAUCCAUGGUCUUUGCCUCGAAAUCAUCUGCUACUACUUCCAUGGUAGCUGAAUGUACCUGUAUUAAUGGCUCUUAUGUGAGCGAGCCCCCCUCCCUUCCCCCUCUUGAUCGCCCG